GUUACAAAGAGAAUAAUGGAUAGCAAGAACUACUGUAAUCUGUCUGACAAAUUGCCCAACUUUAGUGACUCUCCCCACAUGCAGCUCACUCGGUCUUUCUACCUGGACCCCGUUGUCACUUUCCACCUCUGUCCAGAAGCCCCUGCCCCAUCCCCUUACUCUGAAGACCUGCCAGUGCUCCCUUUUGCAACCGACCAGCUGAUUGUGGAAAACUUUGGAGAUCCUUGUUCGUUCCCUUUUCAGAUGCCGUAUCCCUCUUAUGGUAGAUGUGACUACUCCUAUGGUCCAGCAUUCAUCAGGAAAAGAAAUGAAAGGGAGAGACAGAGAGUCAAGUGUGUCAAUGAAGGCUAUGCCCAGCUUCGUCAUCACCUGCCUGAGGAAUAUCUGGAGAAGCGCCUCAGUAAAGUUGAAACCCUCCGAGCUGCCAUCAAGUACAUUAACUACCUGCAGUCUCUUCUUUACAGAGAUGAAGUGGAAGGCAAGAAGAAGCCUGGGAAAGGUCAGGCUAUUGUGGCAACUACCAGUCACCAAAUGGACCCCAUUUUUGCAAUUGUGUAAAUAGGGCCAAAGUCUCAAGAAAUCAUUUCCUAAGGGUACAGUGUUUACAGAAUCAGACUAUGUCUGUUACCGAACUUUUGUUGUUAGUAUCCUAUCAUCAGAAACAAGCUUAGAGGUCAUUUAGUUCAAUCACCUGUCUGAAUCCUCCUUUAUAUAGGAUGCCUGGUAAAGGGGUCAUCCAGUCUUUGAUUCUCUCAGUUGAGCCAAUCUUCAUAAUCUCUUGAGUUAACCUGGCACUGGGUAGUAGUAGUUCACUCUGUACAGUUAUGUUUGGAAAUGUGUCUUGAAUUGCACAUGUUUAACUUAUAUUGGAUUAUUACUG